AUGUCUCGCACCAUUUUGCUGGUACAGCCUACCAAGAGGCCAGAAGGCAGAACUUAUGCUGCCUAUGAAUCUGUGAAUCAAUGCACGGAAGGUGUGUGUAAAAUGUAUGAAGAACAUCUGAAGAGAAAGAAUACCACCCGCCCCUCUGUCACAUAUGAUAUCAGUCAGUUGUUUGAUGUUAUUGAGGACCUGGCAGACCUCAGCUGCCUUGCUUACCCAGCUGAUACCCAGACAUACCAGCCUUAUAACAAAGUCUGGAUUAAAGAGAUCUACGUGCUCCUUCCUCGACAGGCCCAACAGGCUGGGAGAUAG